AGACACUGCCUAGUUAAAAAGGAGACGCUGGCUCGUGAAAUAAUAUGUUAUUAUUAUUUAUUUGAUCAUAACUACAUAAAAAUUAAUAUCCAACAAACUGUUUCGGAUUAUUUAAUUAUUUAUUCAUUGAUACUUUAUUUUUAAAAAAGCCAAUCAAUUGAAUCAUGAACCCAUUCGAGUCAUGAGCUAACUCACAUGUUGUAACCAACUCACGCAAUGCAACUGGUAUGCAAUUUAAUGUAGCCUAGUAACAAGUAGCCUAGUAACAAAGACAAAGAGCAAUUUAAUUUAUUUUUAUUUUUUUAUUUUUUUUUAAAGAGGGGCAAAAACAAAAUUCUUUUCUUAUUCUUUUUUUUUUUAAAUUUUAAAUUUUUUAAAAGUUAGAUCUAGAUCUAAAUUGAAUAAUUAUUUAGUGGAUCUGAUACUUUGAAAUCUCAGGGCCAGGGGCCUGAUGCAUGUUGAUAUUGUUGGUCAUUUCUUUUCACAUGAUAGCCUUCUGGUUCUUUACAAGGAUAGUUUAAUAUUUGAAUGUUAUAUGGUUUUAAAAAUGAUUGCAUGAUAAUACAGCUAAAAAACUUUACACAAUAUAAAAAAUUAAAUUUUCCUUGACCUAUCAUUAGAAAAUGCACUGAGCUAUAUAGAAAAGCUUUACAAAGAAAUAAAAUGUAGGUUUCCUAUGUUACUAGAAAUAAUGGCUAUAUUUGUCAGACCACAUGUCCAUUACAUAUUAUAACCAUUUAUCUAAUUUAAAUUUUAAAUUAACUCAGAGCAGUGUUUCCCACCACUUUGUUGUUCGAUACUCUACCCUUCAGCUAAUUACAAAGGAAUAUUUAAUUCCCCACCCUUUCCCCACCCCACAUAGACUUUAUUAGUGGAAAAAGUUUGAUCAAUCAGAAAUAUGGCGUUUUGAUUUCCCAGCCUGUGAGAUCAACAUUACAGAUAAAGUUUUCAACAAGUGAAAUCAAUAUUUUUUUGGAAAUAAAUCACAAACAACAGGGUUUAACAGUCUUAAAAAAGUGUCCUGUUUAACAUUGCCAACCUCUCCCCUCCCACCUAAACGUUCUGUGUAACAUUGCAAGCCUAGUAGUCAUACCAUUAUAGUGUAGUCUUAGUUAAAAAACUAGUAGUUAUACUAUCAGAGUGUAGUCUAAUUUAAAAACCUAGUAGUUAUCCUACUAUCACAGUAUAGUCUUAGUUACAAAACUAGUAGUCAUACUAUCAUAGUGCAGUCUAAGUUAAAAACCUAAAAGACAAACCGUACUAAACAGUUGACGAGUAAAAAAUCAAGAGGCUUUAAUUAAUUUUGUAUAAAUACUUCAAUAAUAAGUAUAAUCAUUUCUCAUUUUUCUAGCUCACAAGAAAUUGAAGGUGUUUUCUGAAAUUGUUUUCAAAAUGACUACCAACAUUUCUAAUAUGCAGAGACUGGUAGCAAAUCUUAAUCGCCAACUUGAAACACUUAAGGAAGAGAGAGAUCAUUUGGUGGAAGUUGUGGAUGACUAUGUUAACCAGGUAAGCAUGCAAGUCUUAAUUUGUGUUGCAUUCUUUUUUUUUAAAUUGAAGUUUCUUUGCUAAAUUUAUCAUAUUCAUCCAGUACCUCAUUAAUAAAAUAUGGUCCCGAUAAUGUGUAUAAUUAUUCUAAUGUGUAGGUUCAAGCUGGUGUGGGUGAGUGGGUAGGAGGUGAACCGGAAAGUCAGGCAGGAUUUGUGGAAACUGCUGUCAGCAUUCAACAAGCUAUAGCAUUUGUGUUCUCCAAGUCUCAAGAAUUUACAGGUAAAAUGUGAUACUUAUUUAGGGGGUGUCUGGGCACAGGGAAUAAUAAUUUUUUUUUUGUUAUACAUAUAUUUUGUUAAAUUUCAUUAUAGAAAUUUUAUAUGAAAAUUUAUGGAAUUACAUAAUGGAAAUGGAUAGGAAUCCUUAAAAUGGGGCUAGAUAUUAUCUACUUGCACAGUGAAUCAAUAUGGAAAAUGAAUCAUUAUCAGUGGCUUACUUGAAAUUGACUUACAUUUUAGUGAGGGCUUUUAAUUAAAGGCAAUUUUUGCACUGACUUUUAUAUUUCAUAUUUUUUUAUAUGAACUUAAUGUUAAUUCCAAUAUAUAACAGCCAUACAACCUAAUUUCUUUUAAACCAUAGACUCAUAGACAGUUAAAAAUGAAGGCAAACAAUUUUCAAUGAAUGUUUUAUUUAUUUUGAACGCAAAACAAUUUAAAUUAUAAAAUUACAAGCAAACAGAUAAUUGCAUAAAGAUAAUGUGUAAAAUUUCCAUAUGCAGUUAAAUCUACAUGAAAAUUGAAAGAACUAGCAAUUGACCUGCAUUAUUUUACAAAUAAACUUAAGAUAUAUCAUCAACUUGGGUAAACACAAAGAAGAAUAAAGAAGUUCACUCCUUCCAAAGAAACAUAACCUCAAAUUCUAUGUCAUCAAAAUUUGUCCAACAUACAUUACUAAAAAUUUUCUUUGUAGAGAACCUGGCCAGCACAUAACCAUUACAAAGUAAACUCAUGCAUUCUGUGAUGACUAUUUCAUUUUCAGAACACUCUUCACCAUUAUCAAUGAAAUCUUUUGGAUCAUGGCAAAAAAUUAUAUCAUUAACUUCAUCACCUGAGUUUUAAAGAUCACUACCAGUAUCCAAAAUUAAUUUUUUGCAAGGAUUCAUUCUUCUGCUGUUUAGUUUCUGUCUUUUGACUUGUCUUAUAUUUUCCCUGUGCCUCAGUUGCUCUUUGACUAGAGUGUCAGUCAGGUUCCUCGUUCUUCCUUUUUUUUUCUACCCCUAGUUUUUUUCUCAGUUGUAUUUUCGAGAAUGGGUUAAUGUCUGCUGGUAAAAUUUUUAGGUCAAAGGAUUAUCUGUGGCCAUUGCUGGAGGAGAUAAAAGUACAGUCGAUGACUUGGGAUUUAAUAGUGUAUAGUUUUGUUUUUUUCAUUAUUUUCAGCAAAAUCUUAAGUCUCUCGGCAUUCAACAUUUUGGUUUUUACUUGAAUUUGGUUGUUGAAAGGAGCAAUCAGUACAUAGGAUGAGAGAAACUCCUCAGCUCAGUACUAAAAACUCCAGAAUUGAAUAGAGAAAUUCCUGUGCAUUGAAAUCCUGAUGUUAUAUUUUUGAGGGGUAAAUGUCAAAGGAUAGUCAUUGCCUACCAAGCUGGCUAUGUCAUGGAUUGUAAUAGGUUGACCAGGGUGAUUGAUCAUAAAAGUGUUUGCAGCUUGAUUGUAGUAGUUUUUAAAGGGACUGUAUACUCUUCUGUCAAGUGGUUGUAGUUUGUGACUGCAAUGAGGAGGCCAUGAAGGCAAUGUUAGCCUUGCAAUGCCAUUAAAAUAUUUUUUUAAAUAAAAAAAAAUCAUACAAAUGCAAUUGUAUGAUUCGGAUAAUGUAUACACUUUUUAAUUAACAUAUUUCUUCAUUAAACUUUAACUAUAAAUCUAAUUUAUUUAUUUUCAAAUUAUCUUCUUUAAGAAAAAUCUGAUUGUGUAAGCCAAAUUAACUGAUUUUUCUUUUUUCUUUUAUUAUCUAAAAAAAAUUUGCAGUUCUCUAAAUUUCUUUUUUGAGUAGAGCUCAUUUUCUACCUCUUUGAAUAGAAUCAAAUUUUUUUAUAUUUACAAUGUCAAAUUCAAGAACGUAUUAAAAAGGAGAAUAGUGAGGUUAUGGCUGAAGCCAGCAAUGAUCAAUCAUCCAUAAAAUCUACAACUUCUGUGAGAAGUGACCCACAACAUGAACAAAUCAUAUUAAACAGUGGCAAUAUGGAGCAAGAAACAGGUACUUUAAGUCACUAAUCCUCAUACUUCAUAACUAUUAAUAUUCUGAUGCAAAACAAAAAAUAAUAAUAAAUAUUCAUUAACUUUAAUGUAUAAUUAAGACACAAGGCAAUUGAUUUAUUAUAUGUGUCAGAAUCAAAUACCCAAGAUAAUAACACUAAUGAAAUAUUACAAAAUGUAGACAUAUAACUGAUUAAAUCUAUCUUAUUUUGGAGUAUAUAUUGCUUGCUUUUCAUCACAGAUACCUGUAAUCAGCUUAAUCAGGGCCUAUUUUUUCCCUCAAAGUAAGCAAAGAAAAAUAUAAAAUAUAAUUUGCUCUCCAUUCUUUUAGAAUUUACCAUCGUGCUCCACCGGCUGUUAAACUUAAUUAUCAUUAUAAAAUCAAUAUUGUCAUUAAGGGAGUGAAGUUCCAUAGCAUUUAAUGACUAAUUUUUUAGCUUGAGAAAUACUUUAUAUGACUUGUGUUCAAAUUGUUCUAAUUUAAAAAUGAUUGUUUUUGUAAGAAUAUUUAUUUCUGUGCUGAAUAUGAGUACCUAAAAUGCAAUCCAAAAAACAUUUCCAUUUAUUUGGAUCAAUGAAUAAUCUUUUUUUUUUUAUAUAAUAAAACUAUAAUGAUGACUUUCAAUUUUAGGUACUGAAAUUGUAUACGCUUAAUAAUUCCAAUCUAGAACACAAGCCUCAUUAUUUCAAUCAUUAAUAUUAUUAAAAUAAUUUGUUGUCCUGUAUAUCUAUUCAUUCUUUACACAUAAUCAUCUAUAUUAAGUAUUUAAUAAUUUAUCAACAAGCCAAUGCAGGCACAAUCUUAAGCUAGAAUUCAUUACUGUAAAAAUCAGGCUGGUAAACAUUUAAAAAUCUCUAGGUCUACAAGUACGUUACAACUGGUUCUUUAUUAAUAUUCAUGUGUGCAGUCGAAGAUUUAAUACAAAGAAAUUUUUUAAUUAAAGAAUAUAAAUAUAUAGGCCUACUAUGAUUUGUGUAUUGCAGAACUUAAUUAUUAGUUAAAGUAUGUCCUUAGAUGAAAUAGAUUAAAACCGCUGGCAUUUACGAUUAAACUUCCAACAUGAAAUAUAUUUUGAUAAACACAUUUGACAAACAUAGAUUGUAAUUACCUAGGUUUUAAAGCCCCUGGAGUAAUCAAAGAUGUUCAGCCCUUUUACAGUUUGAUGGUGAAACUGUCCAUACUUGAAGAAACUGUGUACUCAUUCCAAAAGAUGACUGAACAAGUUCAAGAGAAGCAAAGCCAUAUGGAGAAACUGUUAAAAACUGUAUUUGAUCAACAAAGUCAAGUAAACAGAAAGCUUGACAGUGUCAGUGAAAGUCAUGUCAAAUCUAAGAAUAGGAUAAAGGAUCAUGAUAAUAAUCUCAAUGGUGUAAUGGCAGCUAUAAAGAGAUUAGAUGCAUCAAUGAGUAAUAAUAAUGCAAAGAUAGACAGAUUUCAGAUACAAAUGAAAGAAAAUGCUAAAUCCAUGCAAGACAUGAAAUCACAGAUCCGUUCCCACAGAGCAGCUCUGGAUAAAGACUUGAUGGCUAUAAAUGAUUUAUCUUUAAAUACUGAGCAAGAAAUUUUUGUAAAAAUAAAAAAACUUGAAGCUUCAAUCAACCUCAUGCCAUUUAAAUGCAAAAGAAAACAUUGUACUGCUCAACAGAAUGACCCAAUGGACACAGUAAGUUUAUUGUUUACAUAAAAGGAUUUUUAAGGAUACCAGAUUUAUUUCAUAUAAAAUCUAGGAUUACAAUAUUUUUAAGAGUUUUCAAAAUUUCCAAAAAAUUAAGAUCAGUGUCUUGAACACCCACACACCUGAAAAAUGAGAAAAAGAAAAAAAUAAAGAAAGAAAAAAUCAACUUUCUCAUAUUUAAUGUCCCUUAUAAAAACACAUUUUAAUUUUUUUUUAAUUUAUUUUUGUUCGGUUUCAAUUUCUAUUUUAAGAAAGGUUUAUUAAAUCUUUAAUGACAUGACGACAUGACAUUCAUUGUGUGUUAUUCAUAUAAGUGACGACAAUACUUUGUACAAUUUAUUGUGGCCCUAGGCCAUAGGGAUAGCAAAUCCUGAUUCACAUUCACCUCUUGAAAUAUUAAUCUUUUUAAAUGCAUUUAAGAAAUGAAAUCUUACCCACAUAUUUUUUGUAACUAACUUAUUUGCAUAUUAUUAAUAAAAUAUAAUAUGCCUUACAAAAUGUAUAUCUACGAUUUUCUUUAAUUUCAAAAGUAAAUAAUUUAUUUAAAUCACAAGAAUGGAAAUACAUAAAAUUGUGUUCAUUUAUGAUCACUCAGAUUGGAAUGAUUUGCCAAAUGCUAGUCAAAAGAGUGGACCACCUGGAGGAGUUAAGAGAAAUCCUUAAUAAAAGUUCUACCACAAGAAACUCAAGAAUUGAAAAGGUUUAAUCCUUUUAUCUUUUUUGUUCAUUUAUUUUUUUUUUAUAUAUUUAAAUAUAAAUCAUAUUAUGUCCCCAUCAUUUAAAAAUUAAUAUUGUUUUUUAAUUUAAUAUAAUACCUAAUAAUCAGCUAAUAAUAUUUGGACUAUAUUAUUGCAAUGUGUUGUAAGACUUUGCUGCACAUUGUAAUACAAAAUUGAUUUUUCAAACUGAAAUUCUUCUUUUUAUUUUGCAGGUUGAUGCUCUGGAAGCAAAAGUAGUUGAACUUUCAAAAACUAUUUCAACUUUUAGUAAGUUCUUAACAUUAUUAAAAAUUUAAAUCAUUUUGAAUAUAUUAUAGUUAAGCAAAUUUUAUGGUGAUUUAAAAUUGUUAAUAUAGUGUAAUCAUUGCAGGAGAUUUUCAAAACACAAAGAAUUUCAGUAAAUAAAGAAGUAUGGGGUAGGUUUCAUUAAAAAAACCAUGCAGCUUGUGUAGAGCACAUGGACAUGUGGGCAAUUGUUGUCUGUGGCACCAAGUUAGUUGGUGACAUCAGAAAACACAAGGGAGAUGAUAGAAAAUAGCAGCACGCAGGCUGUGAAAGUAACAAAACAAUUUUUUUUAAUGUUAUAAUGUAGACAGAAAUAUUAAAGACUUAUGUAUUUUAAGAAUGACUUAAAAAGUUAACAGGCUCUGCAAUAAAAUAUUUCUAUAUAUCUUUAUGUAACAAAUUGUUUAUAUACUUUUCUUCUACAGGUUCUUGGUGACCUACAUAACUGAAAAGUUAAGUAAUACUUUAUGUGUAAAUUAUUUAAUCAUAUGAACAUUUCAGCUUAUUCAAUGAGCCAUUCUUGUUGCUAGUGUUGUAAAUUACAAUAUCUAAAAAUAAAACAACAUAAUUUUUUUAAUUUUGCAGCCAAAGAAAUGUGUUUAGUAUCAUUUUGCUUUUGCUUAUUUUCAUCUUGUUUUUGCUUAUUUUCAACUCGGCAAUUAAUGUGUCACUAUUUUUGCUAAUGAAAAAAAGAAAAAACUUUUUAUCCAAUCAGAUUUAUAUUUAAUGCUUGUUAACUUUAAAGUGUACUUUCAAUAAUUUUUAAACAGUUAAUUUUUUUUUUUUAAUAAACACAAAAUUUUGUCCUUGGUUAAACAAAAUUUAUUAUGAAAAAUUAAAGCUGAUAUUUUUCAUCUUAUAUUUUUUAAACUUAGCAAGGACUUUAAAAAAUAAAAGGAUGGUUGUUGUUCCGAUUUAGCAGUAGA